GAAAUCGGAUCUGUCUGUAUGAUCUGCUAGCGGUGCUCGUGGAACGUUUUCUUUUUUUUAAGGUUCGCUCCCCGAUCGUGGCGAUUCACGGCAAUUGCUAGUGUAUACCGGUAUCGCGGUCUUGUUAGUGUGUACGUAAGCGAGUAAGUGUAAGUUGACUAGCUUUCGCAAGCCCCCUGUAGACGCUCCGUCCCAUUGCGGUUAGGGGGAGUCGAGUGAGCAUUUCUCCAUCGCCCGUCCGCACGGAACACCGUGAAUGGUGGAACAGUAAAUUCCUACUGCCGUACGUAAAGUAACACAUACGCACGCGAUCAUCACCGAUCGUACCAGGAGUGGCGAGAGGUGCGGCAUAGAGGAAAAGAAAAAAAAUAUUUUCACCUGAAAAAGAGAAAGAUGAGUGACGGAACACGAUCGUCAUAUGUGCGAGAUGACGAUGGCGACGUCGCUUACGUGUCAGCUUGAAAAUGUCCUGUGGAAGUGUGAAAGUGUGUUGUAGUGCCAAACCAGGAUCAAAGUGAAAGGAAGUAAAGUUUGGAAAAUUCCUAACCAAGAAUGCUUUCAGUGAAGCUGGGUGAUCGGUGUGAGAGUGUGAGGUCUCCAACUCGUAAGGAAGUUAAAUGCAAUAAAAAAUAGCACCCAAGGCGAUGAGAUUAUUAUGCUGAUGAGUUUUAUGCAAAUAGGGAGGUGUUUGUGGUGAUCUUGCUGUGGUGAGUGUGGCAACCGAAAGUGAAAGAAAGGAAGACAAAACAGAAAGGGAAGUUGCUCGCGAGAACGAUCGAGGGACGACGACGACAACAACGACGACGAAGAGACGACGGUGAUCGGUGAUCUUGAAGUAAAAGUGAAACUACCCAAAGCUAAGGAAUUCGAUCGGGUUCGAAGUACACACCGGGCACAGCAACGGACAUACACAUACAGGCGGUGAAAAUAAUAACAUAAAAAAUAUCAACGCAAACAACAUUCGAUCCCAGAGCUUUGACUUCUUCAAGGUAUAAGCACCAUUAAGAACAGAUCACUACCACCGAUCAGCCACACAUAAUCAGUCCACUGUUUUCGCAAUUCGUUCCAAUGAAGUCCUCGGAAGAUGAUUAUCCGGCAUCGGCAAGACAACAAACAAAUCAACACAGCGAGACGGCACAUUAUUGCCCCUACAGGCAGCAGUAGUUCCGGUGCCAGUACCAGACGACAGCAGCAAACCCUUUACAGUCGUCCACAUAUGUAUCAUCAACGUAUUCAUUCGGACGGAACCGAACACAUCGAAGCAAAAAGAUUGCCAUUAAACCAAAAAAACAUUGUAUAAUAAUAAAUAAAUAAAUCAGCGAAAACUCGCGGAAGGUAGCACCAAUUUAAGUAUGAAAUUGUUUCACAAUAGAAUCGUCUGUGAACAAUAAAUCGAAAACGAAAGGGAAAAAACUAAUUUAUCGAAAGUAAAAUUGGUUCCUUGGUCGCAACGGUACACAACGAACCCGACAAAACGGAGAAAACAUGUCAUCUAAACGAUUUAGUAUAGGAAUGCUCAUUCAUCAGGCGUUUGUCUGCGGCAUGGUCGGGCUGCUGGCGGCAUCGCAGCUCACCUACGUGAUUGGAAGUAACCCAAAAGACUAUAACGAACCCGUCGCAAGCAAAUCGAAACGAUCAGCCUCGCCGAUACUUAACGACGUCGGUGGAGGCGGUAGAAAUAAAGACUUUCUACUAUUUGAAAAUAAUGAAGUGGAUCAGGACGUAAAACCGUCGUCUAGCUUGGCCGCACAAACACAGCAGCGGAGCGGGAAGGAUCUACUGGAUGAUUCGUUUCAGCUUAAUAAAAACUUGGCGAUGAAUUUAACGGGAAAGUCCCCGAACGCGCCACCCUUCAUUGUGGCCAACAAUAUAAACGGACGACAGAAUUCCAAUCCGGAUAUACAGGACAUCAUAACGGGAAUUGUAAAGUUGCUCAAUGGAAACGUGAAUGUACAUACGAACACGCAGCCCACCAGAAGACACUCGGCUACCAGAAUCAAUAACCGGGGUCCGCCAAGAAUUUCCGAAGCACAACCCGUUCCCAAUGAGUUCGAAAUUGAUAUGAACGUACCACCGACCUCGUCUAGACCACCGUAUAACUUCGAAAGGCCUGAGCCCCCAGUUAGACCAUUCCUGACAGGAGUUCCACUUCCGGAGCAAAUUGUUCCAUCUAUGCAGCAGAACUAUCGCCCAGGCUUCGUAUCACAGAAUAGGCCUCCAUGGCAACGACCCAAACCACGACCACCGAUCUCAGCAAACCGACGACCAAUGCCACCCUACAAACCGUUCCCCACUCAAGUGGACUACGGUAGACCGGAAUUCGAGCACAGUCCGGUGACGGAGGCUCCAAGCGAGAGUAACUCAAUCAGUGAAACAACCGAAAAACUUUCGACGGGUGAAGAUGUAGAUCAAACUUUAAAAACCCCCAUUACGACAACAACCGAAAACGAAAUACACGAAACUACGACAGAAUUAACCGUGGAAGUAGAGGACAAAAAACCAGCGAAGAAAAUUGAUAGGCAUAGUACGAAAUCUUCAAUGACGGAGUUUCAGUAUACGAUAGAGACACCUACUAGUACGACUACUUCAAUUGAUCCAACUUCAACCUCGUCGAUCACUUUUCAAACCGAGGUGCCGAGCGUUUACGAAAUCAACUCAAUCGAGUACCUGCCGACGACAACAGAAUCUACAGAAAGUUACACAAUUCAACCGUCCACCAGCGAUGAAUUAUCUACUCCUCCAAAGGAGUCAAUUAUCCCCACGCAAACAGUCACAUCGGCAACGAUCUCAACCAUUUCAACUACCACUAGUACCAUCUAUUCAUCGACUACUACACCCAUUGCGGAACUUCAUACUCCAGAGCCGUCAACUAGUAGUUCUUCUAUACCGACACCAACGCUGCCAACAACAACUACUACUACAGCAACAGCGCCCUCAACCACAACCGACUACCGAUUCCAUCCACGCCCAGGUCUCGUUCUCGACGAUCCGGAUUUCAAACCAGGCGGUAGUCAUCCGAUGCGCAAUCAAAACCUGUACGUCUCAAAACCGGAGAUCCAUUCGUCGACCGGAGUGCAACUGCCAAACUACGGUGAGAUAUUCGAUGUAACGCUAUCCGCCAUCCAAGGUCCGGCUGGUUCCGGCUCGAAGCAAACGGUUAAAUUGAACCCUUACUACCACCGGCCACCGAGUGACCAACAGGAUGCAAGUAUCAUUCUGACGGCUAGUGGAAGCGAUGGUUUCGUCUCGAUCGAUGGCAAACGUUCAUACAUUGACCUGUUCGGGGAUUCGAAAACCGCUACUCCAACACCUACUAGUGAGCUGAUACGGCCGACCAAAACUCUCAGUCCGGGAAUAACUGGAACGGGUUACGCCGUAGCUGAAACGGAACAGCCGCAAGAGCGACCACCGGUAUCGCAACCUCCGGCAACGACACUCCCACAUCCACCAUCUACUCAACAAUCUCCACCGCAUCGACCUGUUCUUCAUCGGCCAAAGUACCCUCUGCCACCGGUACGAAUCGACACCUGUAUCGUCGGUGAUGAUUCGACCUGUGAUCAGGCCCAGAACGAACGUUGCAAAACUGAAAACGGUGUCUCCAGCUGUCAUUGUCGGCCCGGCUAUGCCCGACGAAAACACCGUGAACCCUGCCGGAGAAUCGUUUCGCUCAUGCUUUCAAUGAGAGUGGACAAGAUCUACGAGCGGCGGAUUCAGUGGGACAACGUGCUCGCUAGCCGGGAGAGUGAACGAUUCCAGCAGCUUAGCUAUGAGGCGGUUCGAGCGAUGGAUUCCGCUAUGUCUAUGACACCAUUUUCGGACGAGUUCAUGGAGGCACGGGUGAACGGAAUCUACACCACAAAUCCGGCCUCGCAGGGCCUGAAAGGAGUGUUUGUCAACUACACAAUCAGCCUGGAUGAGAAUGCGGAAACGCUACGACCACAGCUCAAAUCCGACAUCCAACGGCACCUACUGGGUGUAAUUCACCGACGAAACAACAACAUCGGAAAUUCGGCUUUAUACGUCGACAGUCCGACGGGUGCGGUGUCCAGCGUGCAGGAUGUGGACGAGUGUACCUCCGAUGAGCUGAACGAUUGCGACGAGGAGGCCAACUGUACCAACAUGUUCGGAACAUUCCGCUGCGAGUGCGGUUAUGGGUAUCGGGAUCCCUGGGCCGAUCAACCACAGCGAGCAGGACGCGAGUGUUUGUCCUGUCCGGAUUCAUAUUGCAACAACCGGGGUUCCUGCAUGUACGACAAUUCCAACAACAAACAGGUGUGCAAGUGCUUGGGCAGCUACUAUGGGACACAGUGCGAAAUCGAUGGCGAGGUGCUGGGCGUGGCUGUCGGAGCUUCCGUCGCCGCGGUUGUAAUUAUCGUACUGACUCUAAUCUGUUUGAUCAUGUGGAGCCGCAAAUGGCAACGUGAGCACAAAAACGCAAUGGGCAGCCCCGUCUUCGGAUAUAUGGGCGGUGGACAGGUCAAAACCCCGGUGAUGGGACAAGCGCCUUACCAGGUGACCCUGGAGGAUCGCAUGCGGUGGGCCCAGAUAGCGGAUGUGAUGGCACAGACAAAUCAUUAUGCGGCCGAACCAGUAGCACCACCCCGACCAGGGUCGGCAAUGUUCGGUUAUCCAACCCUGCAGACAAUCGGGAACAUGAAUACGUUGAGUAUGCACGGAACGCUGCCACCAAUGCACGCGGCCACCCUGCCGCCAGUUCCUCUGCCAAGGCAUAUGUUGUUGUCCUCCAACAGGGGCAUGGGGCUUAACCGGAAUGGUAUGCGAACCUUGGAGAACUCCAGUUCCAGCGAGGAGGAAGACCGAGCUGAUCUGCUCGGUAGGAAUUUCAACGUGCCACGUCCCAAGAGCCGAAGCAAUGCCAGCGUUACUUCAGGAAUCUAUUAUGAUGUGGAUUACGCCCCGGCAGGAACCGAGCAGCUAUACGGAAUUAGCAGCACCCUUGGGGGCAGUACACCGGUGCCGACUUCCAAGGCCCAGAGUAACAUACCAAUGAGUACCUACACAUCCAACAGUCGACCAAUGCAGUCAUCGUACUACAAAUAAGGGCUGUUUUGCAGAUGGAAGUCGUGAUUAGGAUGAAGAAAAAGUUGAAAACUCCAGUGAAUUCAACGCAAGUGUGUUCAGAUUUAGCAAAGGUAGAGUCUCGAUCAGGAAUCUCAUGACCGGUGGAGAGCGAUUGCUGAAGAGGUCUGAAGCCAGCGAACUUACUUUUCUUCCAGUUUUAGUUUUAUACGUUAGCAUUGUAUAAUCACUAAAAAUCUAUAAAUACAAGAGCUAUUAUUAGAUAAUCGACUCGUUUCGGGCGGAAUGUUUUGUAUAAAUAAAUAGGGAAAGUCAACAAAAAUUGGCGAGCAAGAAAAAUAAUAUUUAAGUGUGUAAACAGAAAAAAGGGAAAAGUGAUAGAUGUAAAGACGUUAACUGCGUCUGGUUUGAGCACUGCAAUGAUUCAUCCAAGCCGAAAUAAAUUUGUAUUAGUAGUAAACGUGCUUUUUCAAGCAUAUUAGAUGAAAACAGAAGAGAACAGAUAUUGCUGCAAGUAUUACUAAUAAAAUUAAAGA